UCUGCGGUUCCGCGGUGCGGUCGGUGCUGUUAACAUGUCCGUUACUCUGAAUCCCGUCCUCUCGGACUGUGCUCGGUACACGGACGUGAUUUAUCCCCUGAGCGGCUGUCAGUAGACUCGCUGUAUCAGUGAAGCAUGAGUUUCCUGAGGAACCGGGUGGUGGUCCUGGCUCUGGUGCUGCUCUUCACCAUCCUGCUGUACCUGCUGCUGCCCUCCUCUAUACGACACAGCAACACUGAGCCCUCACUCGCCGUCCAGAGAACCCAGAGACUGGUAUCGUCCUCACCGUCGCCCAUCAACAUCACCGUGCGUACGGGACAGAUCCCCAGCGACCCCCCGCUGUUCUUCAGAGAGGCGCUGCCCGUGGAUUCGGCCGGCAGACAGGUUUUACCCAGGCUGCAGGUGGUGCUGUUGCACGGUCAGGCCUUCAGCUCCAGAACGUGGGAGGAGCUGGGCACGCUCGGUCUGCUCGCCGCUAACCGAUACCAGGCCCUGGCGCUGGACCUGCCGGGUUUCGGUAAGUCUCCAGCCUCGGAGUCGGUGAAGUCGGAACAGAGUCGGGUGGAGCUGCUGAAGCAUUUCUUCGAUGCCCUGGGCGUCCGAGCGCCGGUGCUCAUCUCGCCGUCCAUGAGCGGCCACUACGCGCUGCCUUUCCUCCAGAGAUACGGCGAUCAGCUGCACGGCUUCGUGCCCAUCGCACCCGUGGCCACGCGCACCCUCACCAUCCAGCAGUACCGUGACAUACAGACUCCGACUCUGAUCGUGGUUGGAGAGCUAGACACAAACCUCGGCUCUCAGUCCCUGAAGAACCUGCAGCACCUCCCUCAUCACUCUGUGGUUAAGCUGCUGGGAGCUCGACAUGCCUGCUACAUGGACAAGCCACACGAGUUCCACCAGGCCCUGCUGCACUUCCUCAACGCGCUCCACUGAUCCACACACACAGUGCAGGAAUGUGGGAUCGGGUGGUUAUUAGGUCAAAACAUUUGCCUAUUCAGUAAAAAAAUAACCUAAGGGUUCAGACUAAUGAGUGUUUAAGUGUUUGACAUGUUCACCUCAUGUCCACGUGUGUGUCUUCAAACAGAAGGUGGAUUGGCCCCAAGGUAAAUAAACAAAUCACUCCUAUAGGUGCAAAAGAGCGUGUGAGGCACCUCCAGCAGGGCCCUCAGGCCGGCUCCAGACCCACUGCAACCCUGAUUAGGAUCGAGCGUUACUGAUUAAAAAAAAUAAUUAAAUAAUGUAUGUACAUAUAUGUCUUAUUUUACAGAUUUAUUUACAUACACUGGCUAACCUAACAUAUCUGGGUUUGCGAUCCAACAAGCUCAUGGUCAGGUGUUCGCACACUGGUGUGAUUCGUCCCUGUCAGGGUCCCAGUGGGCUCAAGGCAGGAAUACCCGGAUAGCAUCGCUGAGAUUCGAGCUUGAAUCUUGGUGUUGUUGGGCAAAUUUAAUAUAAAUAUAUAAAUAUUCGAAACGUGGUUGACACUAAGCGGAUUAAUUUCUACUAAUAAUACUGUUCUACUAAUGAUUCUCUACAUGUGGAAUUAACUGUGUCGGCAUGUUUACGUUUAUUUCAAGCUGUUGCUGGGUAAUAAACAUUCUGUAUAUAUAAAAUAUUUUAAAAUCAUUGGCAUCUAUACAUACAUAUUUAUGGUAUUGACUCCGUGCGCUGUGCAAAUCAUGAUACUACAUGUUCCGCAAGCUGCCUUCUCUACCAGAGAGGUCUCCCCAAACCCCAAAAUCACCAGAAGUUACAUACUGCAGCUUUAAAACUGUACUUAAUUCCAUAAAAUAAUGAUGAAAGUUUGCAGCCGUGUUCUUUUAUAUGCACUUUAGUUAUAAAUAUGCAAUGCAGCUCAGUCUUGUGUGUUUAAUACUGAACUGUUGUUUUGUUUUGCAGAUUUGCAGUGUUAGAUUGAAAUGUGUGUGUGUGUGUGUGUGUGUGUGUGUGUGUAGUACAAUUAACUGUUGUUGUUUGUAAAUAAAAAAAACAACUCUUAAAGAAUGAAAUUAAAUGCCAUUGUCAGAAA